CGUGACAGGCUCUCCGGUGCAAUAGACAGAACCAUCCAAUAUCUCAGGAGCUGUGUGUGUUUCAGACCCUUUCAGCCCUGAGCAAUUAGAGGAACCUUCCCCAACCCAGCGCCCUGGGCUACUUAUAGCUCAUUGCGCGACUUACCACAAAAGGAAAGAGCAUCUCGCAGGGGAAGUUGCAGAGCAGUGGGGCAGGUCAUUUCUCUGCAGCCCCUUAGCACAAUCAGGGAUCGGCCACUCAGCAAACCCUGCCAGCCAACCCACUCCGGCUCUGUUGGGUCAGGACACCUGUUAUACGGACUGACGGCCGCCCGCUCUGCCUGCCCCUUGCUGUCAGGAUGGAGGGGGCUCUACGGCCUCCCCUUCUCUUCCUCCUGCUGGUUUUACAGCCCAGUGGGUCCGGCAGAGCAGAGGCAGGCGCGAUGGAGCUGAGCCGGAUUCUAGGGGACUCCGUCACUUUCCCUCUGGGGAUCCCAGCACAGCAACUUAUAACUGUUUCCUGGACAGUAAACACAACGAGGACUAUAGUAAUUGUAAUAGCAGGAAAUCCCCCCAAUGUCAUUGUGACAGACCCAUCCUACGAGGGACGCCUGAGAGUCCCCGAGAGCUACUCGCUUCAGAUCACCAGCCUGAGGAUGGAGGACACAGGCACCUACAGCGCUCAAAUCACCACAGCUACAGGCAUCAUCCACAGAAACUUCACACUGCGCGUGUACAAGCCAGUACCGGAGCCAACUGUCCUCUGUGACUCAGUGACCUGUGUGAGUGAAACCUGUAACUACAACCUGAGCUGCACCAUCAGGGAUGGAGGGGAGCAUGUGACCUACAGCUGGACUCACACAGCAGGGGGCGCUGUUGUACCCAAUGAGUCCAUUCUGCACAUCUCUCUGAGCCCCCGUGAUGCUCACCUGGCCGUCACCUGCACAGCCCAGAACCCCGCCAGUAACAGCUCCACAACGGCCUCUGCAAAGGACCUUUGUGCAGCUCACUCAUCAGCCCCGGCCUCCUCGCUGUCCUACUGCCGCGUCAAGGGGAUCGUCCUGCUGCUGGUGCUGGGAGCCCUGAGCGCUGGGAUCAUCGCGGUGCACGUCCUUCCCGGCAGGGAGCGGAGACGGGACUGAGAGCAGAGGAGCUUCCACUGCGACUGCCAAUCCCGCCUGGGCGUUCCCCAGCCUGCCAGCCCGAGGGUGAUACAGGGGGACGCUCGCUUGCAGCUUCCGAAGGCUUGGGACUUCAAUACCCUGUCUUUUCGAGCCAGACACGCUAGCCUGCUGCAACGCAGA